AUGGAGUUUAAGGAGACAUUUCUUAAAUUCCAAUCCGCGCUGCUAGAGGCAAUUGAGUCUCGAAAGGAUGGUCCUGUGCUACCAUCAAUCGUGACUCUGAAACAGUCAGUCAAGACACUUCCUGCUUCCUUGCCACGCAUAGGACAUGGUCUCAAUGCCACCGCAAGCCACCUGAUAAAUGAUAUUUUGCCAGGCCUCUCCUGCUCGAGUCUUUCUCCACGGUACUAUGGCUUCAUUACCGGUGGCUGUACACCUGCAGCCUUGUUGGCAGACAAUCUCGUCUCUGCUCUAGACCAAAAUGUCCAGGUCCAUUUGCCUCAAGAGACACUCGCCACAGAUAUUGAGCUGAAAGCCCUGGACUUGCUGAAAGAUCUGGUCGGCCUUGACAAGACCUGGGGAGGCACCUUCACUUCAGGAUCCUCCGUAAGCAAUCUUAUGGCCAUUGCGUGUGGCCGGGAACAUGUUCUUGCCAAGAGAGGAGCCACGGAUCUGGGGACAAUCGGACUGAUGGAGGCCUGUGUUGCUGCCGGCGUGAAUCAUUUCCAGCUUCUGGUGACGCGGCACCAUCCUUCGAUUGUUAAGGCUGCGAAUCUGCUUGGGAUUGGACGAAAAUCAAUCAAGCAAGUCGGGCUCCCGAGUGAGCCGUGGAAGAUCGACUUUGACCUCUUGGAAACAGAGUUGCAGGCAUCACGUACCGCCAGUAUUGUCUCUGUCUCCUGUGGUGAGGUCAUGACCGGCCAGUUUGGCACCGAUGGAGAUGGUAUGGUGAGACUGAGAUCCCUGUGUGACAAGUAUCAGGCUUGGCUGCACAUCGACGCUGCUUUCGGGCUCUUCGCCUCUGCCCUCCCCGCGACGAGCGAGUUCGCGUAUCUCAGGCUGGCAGCUGCGGGUGUUGGGUUCGCCGAUUCUAUCACUGGUGAUGGGCAUAAGCUGCUCAAUGUUCCGUAUGACUGCGGCUUCUUCUUCUCGCGCCAUCCGGCUGUCGUCAAAGCGGUGUUUGAGACGCCCCCCAUUGCCUACUUUGCCACGGAAUUGGACCCGAAGAUUCCCUCGCCGCUCAACAUUGGCAUCCAAAAUUCUCGGCGGCUAAGAGCUCUGCCUGUGUAUGCCACUUUGGUGGCCUACGGCCGCAGCGGAUACGAGGAUAUGCUCGCCCGGCAGGUCUUUGUGGCUCGGGCAGUCGCUGCCUUUGUGCUAGACUCGCCCGACUUUGAGCUGUUACCAGUGCGCAAGAGCCUCACGAAGGAGCAACUUCUAGAGCGGGUUUACAUGCUCGUUUUGUUUCGGGCGAAGGACGAACGCUUGAACCAGAGCUUGCUCAGGUUAAUUAAUGAGUCCACACAUGCUUACCUCUCUGGGGGUAUGUGGGAGGACAAGCCAGCGGUUCGAAUGGCGGUAUCAAACUGGAGGGUAGAUGUCAGCAGGGAAGAGAGGAUCUUGACGAAGAUGUUACAGGAUAUCGUCAGCGAUUGGAAGAAAAGCCAUGGCAAUGAAUACUUGAAGAAGACAUCUUCUCCGCUGGAAAAAUCCAAAAUCUGA